AUGGCCUGGCCAAACAAGAACAAAGACAUGCUGUACCGCCGCGUGGGCAACUCCGGCCUGCACGUAUCAGCCAUUGGACUAGGAGGGUGGUUAACUUUCGGAGGCCACGUCGAGAAUGAAACCACCUUCAUCUGCAUGAAACAAGCCUACGACUGCGGCGUCAACUUCUUCGACACAGCCGAAAGCUACGCGGGCGGGCAGUCGGAGAUCAUCAUGGGCCAAGCGAUCAAGAAAUACGCCUGGAAGCGAAGUGACCUGGUCAUCACGACCAAGUUAAACUGGGGUCUCGCGAACGGCGAAAUCCUCAUCAACAACCACGGUCUCUCACGCAAGCACAUUAUCGAAGGAACCCGUGCCUCACUUGAGCGGUUACAGCUUGAGUACGUCGAUAUUAUCUACGCACACCGUCCGGACCGUCUGACUCCUAUGGAGGAGACCGUGCGCGCAUUCAACUAUGUGAUUGAGAAGGGGUGGGCAUUUUACUGGGGUACAUCGCAGUGGUCUGCCGAUGAGAUCAGCGAGGCGUGUGGAAUUGCCAAGGCAUUGGGCUUGAUUGCGCCGAUUGUCGAGCAGCCGUUGUACAACAUGCUUGAUCGGACCAAGGUCGAGGGCGAGUUCCAGCGUUUGUAUUCGCGCGCUGGUAUUGGGCUGACUACGUUCUCGCCGUUGAAGAUGGGAUUGUUGAGUGGGAAGUACAACGAUGCGACGACACAGCCUCCGCCCGGUUCUCGGUUUGCGGAGAGUAAUGAUAGAUUUGCCGAUAGCGUGCGCAGGGACUGGGAGAAUGAGCAGUGGGCGGGGACAAUUAGGAAGAUCGUGAAGCUGAAGACCCUCGCCGAUAAACUCGGCUUCAAGCUCUCCCAACUCGCUCUGGCAUGGUGUCUGAAGAACGAAAACGUCUCGUCUGUUAUCACCGGUGCUUCGAGGCCGGAGCAAGUCAUCGACAACGUCGAGAGUCUGAAGUUGUUACCCAAGUUGACGCCGGAGAUUCUGACAGAAAUCGAUGACUUGUUGCUCAACAAGCCGGAUGAGGAUCCUGCGAGACAGGAUUAA